CGGAUCCAAUCUUUGGCCGGAAGCAAGAAGGCGGGAGCAAGAUGGCAGAGUCAGGUUGCUAAAAUGUGUCCUGUAAUCACCCAUGAAUCCGCCCAUGAGCGAACCUCACGUUUGCGUGAGAGUUAUCCAUCUUGCUUCGCUACAAGAUCUUUGCUUUGAACAUUGACUUGUCUAAUUUCCCCUUCUCAGCUCUCCCUCAACCCUCUGUCUCCACCUCGUCCUUUCAUCUUCCCCCCGCCCCAACUUGUCCAGCUUUGAGGAAACUUCGCCCGGUUUCACUUUCGUCAACCCGCCCAUUUCUGGCUUCCAUUAGAUGAAAACUUGAGAGGAUUUCAACCUCUCUCUGUCUCUGUCUCCCCGGCGGCCGCUGUUCCCCUGCGGGAGUCCCGGACUCCAGGCUGAAGAAAGCGCUCUGUGUGACGCCGGUGACUUUACUCCGCGCUGUUGCUGGGCGCCGGUGACAGACUCGGCCCCCGGGGUCAAACUGUGCCGUGAUUUCAUCCCAAGAUGAAGGGAAGACACAGGAUUGUACUGAUCCUACUUCUCCAGACAGCAAUGAUGGAGGAGUUCUAUGUGAUUGUGCCGGACUAUCCGGUGGUGGCCAUGGUGGGUGAAGAUGCCCUAUUGGAAUGUCAGAAGGUACCGGAUACAUCACUGGACGCUCUGGAGGUCCGAUGGUUUACAACGAGCCCGGGAUCACCGGUACAUUUAUACACCAGUGGCCUGGACGGAGCUGAGGUGCAGGACAAGGCUUAUCGAGGGAGGACGGAAAUCUUUCGGGAAGAGUUUCCCCAUGGAAACGCCUCGCUUAAACUGAAGAGGGUCAAAGUAUCAGAUGCUGGAAUGUACACGUGUUCCAUCAGCACCCCCACGUCCCAUCAGCAGGAGGCGCUGCGGCUGCAGGUUGAAGGAUUUGGUCUCCGGCCCUGGAUCCGCUUGGAGGAAAGCACCACACAAGGAGUACGUGUGGUGUGUAAGUCGGAUGGAUGGUUUCCCAAACCGGAGAUACAGUGGCUGGAUGGGAGUGGACAAGAUGUAACAGAACGGUCUGACACAUUGUUUACUGAGGACCCCAGCGGGAUGUUCACUGUCCACAGUCACAUCGAUGUCACAAGUGAUUCUGUGAACAGGUAUUCCUGUUACAUACGGAGUAAAAUACUGGGGAAAACACAAGAGGCCCAUCUCCAGAUAUCAGAUGAAUUAUUUCCUAAAACCAACCCUUGGCCGCUGGUUUUCUGGUUGUUUGUGGCCCUCGUGGUUACAGCUGCUGCUUUCAAUAUAAUGUUGCACAGAAAAGAAGAUAAAAUGAUUAAAGGUGAGAGCCAAGAUAUGGUGCCGUGUUAUUGCAUUCAGAAGGUUUAUAAAACGUUUAUAUUUU